AUGAAAUUCUCUUCCACUUUACUGCUACCCCUUGUCGCGUUGGUUGCUGCCCUUCCUAGUGAUUUGGAUAAAGAUAUUGUCAAGCGCUCAGGUGAAGGGGUUCAUCUUGAUAACUGUUCCGGUCCCGGUGGUAUUGUAUACUCUGAGGUCACUUACUGGUCCAACGACGCCGACGCAGUUAGUGGCCAUACCGCGACGGAUACGUGCACUCCGACUGUAAACUCUUGGAAGAUAUGGGAGGGAUCAGGGUCAUGCAAGUUUUCUGAUACAGGCGUCACUUUCUCAUGGAGCAUUAACUCCAAUGCUGGCUCUUAUCCAUCAUAUCAAAAAGCUGGAUCAGGAGGAAAUGGUGCCAGAAGUUUUACAUGCUAUAAGGAUGAUGGACAUGGCAUUAGCCAAAAGAACAACGGCGUGACUUGCAAGUCAAUUUAUUACUGUAUUUAG